CAUAGAAACACUGUCGUCCAAUCACUGCGCGUUUUAUUCCAGCGGACUCAUCCGGUGCUAUAAAGCUAGCCACGAGCGAGUCUUGUAAGCGAGAGUCCAUUUUGGAAAAGCGGCUUUUUCAAGCGGCAAUAUUUUACAGUAAACAAAAGCGACUACGAUGGCCGACGCAGAGCAUCAGUUAAUGGAGACCUCGGAGAACGGGAACGAGGAAGAUUUUAACGGAGCGGAGGAGGAGAACGGAGCGUCUGAGGGAGGACAGAUCAACGCCAGCAAGGGCGAGGAGGACGCGGGUAAAAUGUUUGUUGGAGGACUCAGCUGGGACACCAGUAAGAAAGACCUGAAGGACUACUUCUCCAAGUUCGGAGAGGUGACCGACUGCACAAUAAAGAUGGAUUCAAACACCGGCCGCUCACGAGGGUUUGGGUUCAUCUUGUUCAAAGAAGCAGAAAGUGUGGACAAGGUGCUAGAGCAAAAGGAGCACAGGCUAGACGGUCGACAGAUUGAUCCCAAGAGAGCCAUGGCCAUUAAGAAAGAGCCAGCCAAGAAGAUCUUUGUCGGUGGCCUUAACCCCGAAACCACAGAAGAGAAGGUCCGUGAAUACUUCGGGGCCUUCGGAGAGAUUGAAACUAUUGAACUUCCAAUGGAUCCAAAGACGAGCAAAAGGAGAGGCUUCGUCUUCAUCACAUUCAAGGACGAAUCUGCUGUCAAAAAGAUCCUGGAGAAGAAAUACCAUAAUGUCUGUGGAAGCAAGGUAACGAACGGGAAGGAAGACCUUUGUGAGAUCAAAAUCGCCCAGCCCAAGGAAAUCUACCAGCAGCAGCAGUACGGCGCUCGCGGAGGCUUCGGAGGUCGUGGCAGGGGUCGUGGGGGCCCAGGCCAGAACUGGAACCAGGGCUAUAACAGCUAUGGGAACCAAGGCUACGGUGGCCCGCAGGGCUAUGGUGGUUAUGGUGGCUAUGGAGGUUAUGGUGGCUAUGGCAGCUAUGACUAUUCCUCUCCAUAUUAUGGAUAUGGUGGUGGUUAUGACUACAGCCAGGGCGAUGGGAGCUAUGGGAAAACACCUAGACGUGGAGGCCACCAGAGCUACAAGCCAUACUGAGCAUGCAGAACAGGACUGAAGUAUUCCCAAACACCAGGAUUCUGACCGUGAUUAUCGCAGUUCUCU